UGGCACUUGUUACAAAAUCUAAAGUUGAGUAGUACACUCUGUCUUGUAUCAUCUUCGCACAAAGAUGGAGCAGAACAAAGUAAGCAUAACCGCACGACUUCAAACUGUGAAACACAAUUCAGGUAAAUCGUACAGUCAGUUAGCAGAGGAGACAGGACUUACCAACGUCUAUGUUGCCCAGCUUCUCAGGAGACAAGCUCAACUCAAAACUGACACUGUCCCAAAACUGCGGGCAGCGCUGCCCGACCUGCCCGAUGAACUUGUCUAUGAAAUGAUGAGACCCCCUUUGAGAUCUUAUGACCCUAAUCUCAUCCAAGAUCCCACUGUUUACAGGUUGAAUGAAGCUGUAAUGCAUUUUGGGGAGAGCAUCAAAGAAAUAAUCAAUGAGGAGUUUGGUGAUGGGAUCAUGUCAGCUAUAGAUUUCUACUGCUCAGUUGACAAAGUUAAAGGAGUUGAUGGGAAGGAUCGCGUGUUACUGACUUUUGAUGGGAAAUAUUUGCCACAUACGGAGCAGAAAUCAGAGCACAUGGUUUCAAGAACAAGGCCACUGGGAAAUCAGUGAGGAUUUUCAUACGCCAAAAUCUUCAAUGCUCAUCUUCCUGCACAAGCAGAUUCCUAUCUUACCCGUGUUUUGUAGCACUGCAAGCUGUAUUUGAUCACUGCUAUUUUGUGUUGUAUGUGGAGAAAUUGGAAGGAAAAAAAUAAAGUGUUAAGCUUUAAAAUAAAAGUAGCCAACCAUGGCCAUUUAGACAAUUGUUUAUGGCUUUGGAGGUUUCAUGGCACUUCUCAUGUGAGAUACUUAAGAUGGAGAAGCUUGUAUUAUGCUUGGUGGUGUAAGUCAAAUAAACAUAAAUUAUAUUCAUUGUGUCAAUCUUUAUCCUGGCCCGUGUGUAGGAAAAUGUGAUAUGCUUGUGAUAGAAAAUAUAUGUUAAGUUUAAUUGGGGACACUUGAA